UAUGAUGGCAGAAUCGGGCACUUCAUAUUGGUCUGUGCGCAGGAGAAUUAGAAAAGGAAUAGCUAUGCAUUUAAAAGAUUUAAGGUCUCCACAAAAUACUUUAAGUGGUGAUAACACUGUGGCAUCUUAUCCUGAUGUUCUGACUGAAUCUACCUUAUAUCCUCAUCAAAAUGUGCAAGAGGAAAUAUAUGAGAGUAGUGACUCUGAAUGUAGUAUGGAGGUACUCACUCUUGAUGAAUCGCUUGAUCCCGAAAUAAAAUCAGAUUCUGAUAUGUCUCAAGACAGUAGUCCAAACACUUUGCUGUUGGAAAAUUUGAAAGAAUGGGCUAUCAAUUGCAAAGUCCCUGACUCAGCAGUUGGCAAACUUCUCAGGAUACUGCAUCCUUAUCAUCCUCAUUUGCCUAAGGACCCACGUAUAUUAAAGAAGACAACAACCCAAUAUGACAUUAAAAGUAAAUGUGGCGGAGAAUAUUUUUAUUUUGGGAUUGUUCACAGCAUUUGCCACCAAAUCAAAGAUAUUCAGAGCAUAUCAGACAAUUUUGUUCUUAGCCUCCAGAUAAAUGUAGAUGGGCUCCCUCUGUUUAAGAGUACUGGUCACAAUUUCUGGCCUAUAGUGGGGAGAAUUGUAAAUAUUCCUAGCCAAUACAGUAAGCCUUUUAUCAUUGCAUUAUAUUCAGGCACAGCAAAGCCCAGUGAUAUCAAUGAAUAUUUUCAUGAUUUUAUUGAUGAAUUUAAACAAAUCCAGGAAGGUUUCCCCUGUCAUGGGAAACGUUUAUUUAUUGCUAUCCAUUCAAUCAUUUGUGACACACCUGCCCGUGCAUUUGUGAAAAAUGUCAAGUCUUUUUCUGGUUAUCACGGGUGUGAUAAGUGUAUUCAAGCAGGCAAGUGGGUGGGAAAAAUGACUUUUCCUGAAACCAAUGCUACAGUCAGAACUGAUAUUUCUUUUGAUGAAAUAAAAGAUGAAGACCAUCACAUGGGACCCACCCCUUUAUCUCAGCUAAACAUUGGAAUGGUGUCAUGCUUUCCUCUUGAUUAUAUGCACCUUGUCUGUCUGGGGGUAGUAAAAAGGCUGUUAAAUCUGUGGAUAAAGGGACCAUUGUCUUGUAGGCUUGGUAGUACGGUAUUGCAAGAAAUAUCAAGACGUUUAGUGGCCUUAAAAGACAGUAUACCAUCAGAGUUUGCAAGAAAACCCAGACCACUCUUUGAAAUUGCAUAUUGGAAAGCAACAGAGUUUCGGCAGUUCCUUCUGUACACAGGUCCAAUAUCACUUUGUGAAAUUUUGCCACCAACUGUGUAUCAAAACUUUAUGAUAUUAUCUGUUUCAAUGCACAUUUUACUGAAUCAAAAGCUUUGCACUUCAUUUAAUAGUUAUGCUCAUGAACUGAUGGUUGCUUUUGUGAAACAGUUUCUACAGUUGUAUGGACCAGAAAUGGCCGUCUAUAAUGUGCAUGGCUUGGUUCACCUUGCAUUAGAUGCCAAGAACUUUGGCAGUCUGGAAAAUGUAUCUGCUUUUCCCUUUGAAAACUUUUUGCAGCAGUUAAAACACAUGGUUAGGAAGCCAAGUUUUCCAGUUGCUCAAGUUGUGCGAAGAAUGUCAGAAAUACAAAACAAUGGAAGUCAACAUCAUCCAAAGAAAGACUUCCCAAUGCUGUCCAAAAGUCAUUGCAAAGGGCCACUGCCAGACCCUCUCCAGUUUGGCAGUCAGUUUGGAAAGGCUCAAUUAGAAAACUUCUCAAUUGAUGUAAACGUUAAAGAUAGUUGCAUUCGUGUUAAUGGAAAGACCAGCAUAGUGAAAAACAUUGUCCAAAAAGAUGAUUGUACAUAUGUUGUUUACCAGUGUUUCAAAUACUUUGAUGAUUUCUUUAACAUACCACUUCCAUCCAGUUACCUUGGCAUUGGCAAAGUUUUUGGUUUAGAGAGUACCAUUAGGUAUGAAGCAAUUUCAAAAGUAGAAGCCAAAUGUGUCCUUUUGCCAUUCAAAGAUAAGCAAAUAGUUAUACCUUACACAGAUGCAGUCUGGUAGUCAUCUCUUCCAUCUCCAUGUCUCCAAUAAGUAACAAAAUAUAGUACCAAUACAUGGUUAUGGUUAAUAAUCCUUUCCAAUACUUUUGUUUUGAAGUU